UUAGUCAAUAGAACGGGUCUUUGCGUUUUUUUCCUUCGUAUUGUUGCGCAUAAAAUUGGGAACAUCUUUACUAAAAAGGGAUUUUUGGCACCAAUUGUAUGUGUUCCAGUGAUUUCUUCCAGGAUAAAUCGUCGCCACCACCCCAAAAUUGGAAGUUGUAGGAAAAAGGGGCCGAUUCACUCGUAAGAUUCCGUCCAGCCUUAUUGCCAUUCUCUUCUUCUAGGAAGCUAAAGCCAUAAAGAGAAGAAAUCAUCAAAGUUCCUUGGAAGUUCUCUUGGAAUGCUGGCCACCUCUCUUGUAAAGCUGGAAUAUGGGCAUGAUUUCAAUCUCUGAAUAAGAAGCCAUGAUUUUUCUUCCCCCCCUUGCUCUUAGUACUGCUCCCUAAUCACAAGCCACCUAAAAUAAUUUUGGAUGACAUUGGGACUUAAUUUGAAUAAUGGCUUCAAGUAUGUUGGCUGGAGAGCGGAGGUGGGCUUCUGCAAGAAGGGGUGGAAUGACUGUUUUGGGGAAAGUUGCUGUACCAAAGCCCUUGAAUUUACCCAGCCAAAGGUUAGAAAAUCAUGGUUUGGAUCCCAACGUGGAAAUUGUUCCCAAGGGUACGCUUAGCUGGGGAAACCGCUCAUCUUCUUCUGCAUCAAAUGCAUGGAGUUCUUCUAUGCAGUCUCCAAAUGCUGACGGUGACACUAUUUCUCCUAGUCAUCUCAGUGCCCGCCCUUCAUCUAGUGGAAGUUGUACUCGACCAUCAACUGCUGGUAGUGAUAGAACUCAUGAACCUACAGCCAAUUCGUGGACUCCAAAUUCUAGACCUUCAUCGGCUUCUGGGACCUUGGCAUCAAAUCAGACAUCAUCGACGUCUUUGCGUCCUAGAAGUGCAGAAACCAGACCUAAUAGCUCACAACUCUCGAGGUUUGCAGAACCUGUGUCCGAAAGUUCGGUAGCAUGGGGUCCAAGUAGUGCUGCGGGAAGAUUGGGUGUGAAAUCUUCCAAGGAAGAUGGGUUCUCUCUGAGUUCUGGGGAUUUUCCUACACUUGGUUCUGAAAGAGACAAUUCUGUGAAGGAUAUUGAAUUACAAGAUCAUGUCUCUCACGAACACCCUGGCUCUGCUUCUGGCAGAAUAUCUCAGACAGAUGGGAAGAUCACAACUCCUCAGGAUGUUACCAAGAGUGGAACUAAUAAUACAUGGAAGAGACAUGGUACCCGAUCUACAGAGGAUGGUAUUCAUCCUAGCAUGGAGAAGUGGCAAGGGGAGCCCCAACAAUAUUACCACUCCAAUGUCCCCCCUCAGCAUUUUGAUUCAUGGCGUGGUCCUCCUAUAAAUGCUCCACCUGGCGUUUGGUAUAGGGGGCCUCCUGGGGGACCGCCAUUUGGAGCCCCUGUUGCUCCUGGUGGCUUUCCAAUGGAGCCAUUCCCUUAUCAUCGUCCUCAAGUUGUACCUGUGCCUUUAGCUGGUUCACAACCUGUACCUCCACCAGGUGCUGCUCCUAGAGGUCCCCAUCCAAAAAAUGGAGAUUUAUACAGGACGCAGAUGCCCGAUGCCUAUGCACGCCCAGCUAUGCCAUUUAGGCCUGGGUUUUACCCUGGUCCAAUGAGUUAUGACAAUUAUUAUAGACCACCAAUGGGCUAUUGCAAUGGCAAUGAACGUGAAAUUCCAUAUAUGGGGAUGGCUGCAGGCCACCCUGUGUUUAAUAGAUAUCCUGCCCCAAGUGCUCCUGAUCCUAGUUAUUCCCAUGGCAGACCGGAUGGGCGUGGGUCCACAGGCAAAGCAUUGUCGGAAAAAGUGGAAGCUGAUCAUUUAGAGGGCCCUCAAGGACCCCACAACAUUCCGCCAAAGAAUCAGAAAGAGUGGGAUACGAAGGAGGAAGGGGAAAAUUGGGAACAAAAUUUACGAUCUAGUGCCUCACAUCGUGGAAAGCAUGGUCUACUCUUGAUAUCAUCCCGGAAAACUGAGUGGGGGGCUGAUGAUGAUGUAGAUGAAGAUAUAUUUGGUGAGCAGACAACACCACAUGAGAAAAACACUUCUCAUAAUUUUGAUAGUCAUUCUACGAACACCAUCAAAGAAAAGUCGUCCAAAGGUAUAGGCAAUUUCAAAGCUGCUAAUGACAAUUGGACAAAGAAAUCAGAAAUUGUGGCACGUUUUCCUCCUGAACCACCACAGCCAACUCUAGCUAGUGACAGAGAUACAUCUUUGCUGGCCCCAGCAAAAGAUUCAGCUCUAAUGCAGAAAAUUGAAGUUUUAAAUGCAAAAGUCCGUGCAACUGACGGACGUCAUGAUGUUCCUGCUGCUUACAACAGGGAAGAGCAAAGGAGUGGGUUUCAAGUUGCUGAAGCCAAGUUUAAUAAUUUUACUGUUGAAGCUGGUAGUACUGCUGGAUCUUUUGAAAGGACUUCUGCUUCUGGAGAUUUUGUCCCUGUCCCCCACGAAGUGGUUGUUCCAGUCGGGGAUAAGAUUUCUCAGUCUGCGGCUCUUGUGUCUAGGAGAGCAUAUCAUGGUGGGCAAGGUAGAGUUGACCAUCACUAUAAAGGAAAGUUCAACAACCAGGAUGAUGAUGGAUGGCAGAAGAAGUUUGAUGUGAUUACAGCUUCAAAUAUUGAAUCUUCAGAUGAUAUUCAUGCAUUUGGUACAGAGGAUACUGAGAACUCAGUGAUCCAUUCGGUGAUGGAUGGAGGACAACCUUGUGCAGAGUCAUAUGAUUCAACUGAUAUCCAGGCACAGCGUGCAAAGAUGAAAGAGACAGCAAAGCAACGUGCCUUAGAACUACAGAAGGAAGAGGAAGAAAGAACGAGAGAGCAGAAGGCGAAGGCUUUGGCUAAAUUGGAAGAACUGAAUCGGCGAACACAAGCAGGCGAAGCUGGAAACCAGAAAGCCGGAAGAACUCAGGGAACCCAGAAUGCGGAGACAGCUCUGGUGAUUGGUGUCUUCCAGGGAGAGCAAAAAGAAACACGUGUACUUGGUGAACAAGCAAUGGUUAACCUCAAGUUCCAGGCACCUGGCCCUACUUUGGUCUCGGAGUCUGACAGAGAAAGCAGUGCUAGCCAUUAUAGACAAUCUGCUAAUAUUUCCAGAGAAUUACACAUGGAGACACCUUGGACAUCUCAUUUGGAACACAUUUCUCAUGGUCAGUCUUCGCCUUUGAAACAGGAUUCUUAUAAUAUGGGUGCGAAAAACGCAUUUGAAUCUACUGAUGAAAGUGUCUCUAGACAUAAGCACAUAUUUUGUGAACAAAAGCCGAAUGAUCCAUCACAGAAGAAUUCAAAUGAAAAAUCAUCUCUAAGCGAGGCUCCGAAAGAUCUCACUGAUGUACGUGUUAAUGACGUUACCUUGACGGAGGUUGCUUCAAGUGUCAGAGCAAGUGGUGAGGCAAAUGCACCGAAUACCUCUAUUAUCAUGGCUGAACCCACCACACAUCAGGGAAGGAAAAAUAAUAGGUAUAGUAAGAAUAAGCAGAGACUGGACGAGGCUGCAGUCAUCUCUCCAAUACCGUCAGUCACGCUGGAGGAGACUAAUCCUGCAAAAGAGUCCAUUGAAACUGGAAAGUCCAAGGUUUUGCUGUCUGAUUUGGAUAGCUCAGUCUCAACAAAGAUUGAGCCUGAUGGAGGAUUGCAAGCUUCUGAGGUGCAGUCUACUUUCCACGAUGAAGCAGUCCAUAGCAGAGUAAACAAACAGUGGAAACCUCCAUCCCGCAGAACGCCACAAAGUCUACAGGCUAAUAGGAUAGUGGAAAAAUUUCACAGCAAUGACACUAUAAUGUGGGCCCCAGUCCAUUCACAAAGCAAAGUUGAGAGUGCAGUUGAAGCAAGUCAAAAAUCAUCUACUGAAUCUGUGACUUCAGUGAAGAUUGAUAAUCUGGUGCAGAAUAGUUCAAAAGGCAAAAGGGCUGAAAUGGAGAGAUAUGUUCCGAAGCCUGUGGCUAAGGAGCUGGCACAGCAGGGAAGUUUUCAACCCAUGCCAUUUUCAACUAGUACUACACCAGAAGAAGCCGCUGGGAAAGCACAACCUGAGUCAUCUAAAUCUGCAAGUCCACCACCCAACAGCUCAGCAACUGGAAUUGUUAGGUCUGGUGUAGACUUCAAGGAGGGAGAUGGCAGGCAUAACAAGCAACGAAAAGCACAUGGAACAUGGCGACAACGGAAUUUUACAGAACAUGGAACAUCGAAUAGUACGAGUGUCCAUCAUGGACCAUCUGUUACUUCUAACCCAAGCAAGGACAUUCAAAGAUCCACAGACCAAAAUCAAUUUGUCAAGCGUGAAAUAAAUGCACCAAAAGCUGAAUCUCAUAGUUCCAGAGAUAACAACACGUUGGAUAGCAGUAACAUGUCCAAUGUUAUUGAAUCAGCUGCAGCUGGAAAAUCUCUUGCUGUGAAAGAUCAGGUAACAACAGGUAGAGGAAAGCGAUAUCUAUCGAAGGGCCAUAAAAGCAUGGGAAGCAGUAAUGAUCCUGAACUCACAAACACUGUUCGUAGUGAAUCUGCAGCUACUGAUGUGAACCAGACGGACAGAACUAUUUCUAUUUCUUCGAAAGAAAGUCACAGCUCUGGGGAGCGAAUGUCGUCUCAUUGGCAGCCCAAGCCUAACACAAAUUCAGAAAAUAAUCAGAACCGAGGCAGAGCUGCUGGAACUGGAACUAUUAAUGUGGGAACUGAUAGGGCUUCAAAAAGGGAUCUUCGUGCCAAGAGUAAGGUGCAUGUUCCACCUCAAGAUGACAAGAAAAGCUGUGAAGUUGAUCGACCUCAUCCGGAUGAUUCUGUCCCCAAAAGUAAUAUGGCUGUUGAGCCUGAUGUAGGGCAUCAUCAAGAGUUGUUCAGAGAGAGGAAGCCUGCUCCAGCGAAAGGACGGCCCUAUUCCCCAUCGCAAGUUCCUGUUGGAGUUGGUGAAUCAGCUCCUGCUGCUGCUUACACAGCUGGUGAGAAUGACCCUAAUUUUUCAUCUGGUUUUAAGAGGAUUGGAAACCAUAACAGUCGUUCUAGCAGAGGCCAUGAAUCUCAUGGAGAUUGGUCUUCAGGUCAUGAUAGCCGGCAACACAAUGUAACUGCAUUUCGUGAAAGGCAGAGGCAGAAUGUGCAUUACGAAUACCAGCCAGUUGGGCAGUAUAAGAAUGGCAAAACUGAGAAGCAUGUAGCAUCUGGAGAUGGAUCUAAUGAUGUAGCCCCAAGAUACAGAGAGAGAAAUCCGAGUCACUCAAAGCGAGAUGGAGGAAAUUUUCACAGGCGUCAAGGUGGUCCUGCCCGGAUCAAUUCUGGUCACGACUAAAGGCUGGAAUUAGGCCUCCUCUUUUGUGAAGCUAAUCUUCCUAAUAUUGGAGUAGUUUGAUUAAUCAAGUAUUCAGGUAUUUGCCAGUGUAGAUUUAUGCUAUGUUUUAGUUUGGCCACGCACUUGUUCAAUCUGUUGACUAAUACCAUUAUGUCUGGUUGUGUGUUAAUGCCAGGAAAUAUGAUGUGACAAUAUCUUCAUUUUACUACUGUAGUAGCUGACUUGGAUAUCGUAAUCUUGUUCAAUAUCUUCAUUUCACUACUGUAAUAGCUGACUUGGAUAUCAGUAAUCUUGUUGCUAUUUGUAACCCGAGGAAUAUUUACAGCACCCCUGAAUUUCUCUUUUCACCUGA